AUGCAAUCAAAUGAUAAUGAAAAAAACAAUUCAAACAUGCAAUCAAAUAAUAAUAAAAAAAACAAAUUGAAAGCACCAUUAAAUGAUAAUGAAAAAAAAAAUCGAAGAAUGCUUCAAAAAUUACUUUAUACAAUUGAACAACUGCCUGAUGAUCAAUUAAAAGCUACAAUUCAUUUGCUUGAUACUAUGCGAUACUUUAAAGAACCAAACGAGGGUAAAUUACUUUCACCUUACCUGCAGGAUAAAGCUUUAAACUUUAUAAGCUCAUCUCUUUACAAAGUGAGCCAAGAUUCGAGUUUACUAAUUCAAAAUAAUAAAGAAUUACAAAAAACAAUAAGUCGAUUAGAGUACAUGAAUGCUAAAAAGAAUCAUAAAAUUAACCAUUUGGUAGGCAAAUUAUUACAAUAUAAGCAUAAACACAAGCAAUAUAUUUCAAAGGUCUAUGCUUCUGCCCGUAGACUAUUACUUGUAGAUUCGCAAAGUUUAAAGAUAGGCAUUUUAGCAUUGCUCAAAAAAAAUAAGCGUCAAUAUACAUCUCAAUUCAUUAGCAUGGCUACACAAGUAUCACAAAAGGUUUUUAAUGAUGAUAAUGAGUGUAAGAAAAGAGCAAAUAAAUUGUUUAAAAAUUUAUUUGGGCAAUAA